AAGACGCACUGCAAGAACGCGCGCAAGUUCAGACGAGGCGUCUAAAGUGCACGCAACAUCACUGUUUGCACGGAAGAGCCUUAAACGAGUGCUCGACGUGAUAGGGGAAGAAAGAUCUCUAUCAAAAAAAAGUGACUUCAUUUCCAGCAGCCAUUUGGAGAACACCAGCGAAAGAAAAGAAAGAAGACAGCGCGAGGAAGCUUUCAAGAGAGCGCGCGAAAGUUUCCCAUCCGGUCCGUUUUUGUUUUCGUUUUAUUUCCUUUCACCAAAAUGAAUAUCGGCGACGAAAACUUGCUGAAAUCGAUCAGCAACGACACCCUGCUGGACCUGACGCAGCGCUACGGACAGUCCGCCUUCGGCUUCGGCGCUGGCCAUGGUGCUGGAAGUCCUGGCCGCUUCACCCUCACACCUGCCGUGGAUUUCCUCUCCGGUCAAACGGGAAAGUCGAACGAAAGCGGCGGAGAGCAGACCAGCGAUGAAGACGACGGCUUCGACCACCUAGAGACUCGUAAGAGAGGCGCGGGAUUUGACGAAGAGAAGCAUCCGAGCAAUCUCGCCAAGAAGCCGAAGGAGCAGAGAUCUCUCCGGCUGAGCAUCAACGCGCGCGAGCGGAGACGCAUGCACGACCUCAAUGACGCGCUGGACGGCCUGAGGUCUGUGAUCCCCUACGCGCACAGUCCGUCUGUGAGAAAACUCUCUAAAAUCGCAACUUUGCUUCUUGCAAAAAACUACAUCCUAAUGCAGGCACAGGCACUGGAGGAAAUGCGCCGGCUGGUGGCUUAUCUAAACCAAGGGCAGUCUAUAACUUCGCCGAUUCCCACCGCGCUCGCGCCUUUCGGACAGGCGGCCGUUUAUCCGUUUUCCAGCACGGCACUGGCCACCUGCGCGGAGAAAUGCAGCUCGUUCUCCGGGACCCCGUCCAACCUGUUCAAACACUGCAGCGACAAGCAUUGACUUCCACGCGCUGAACUCUUCCUGCUUCAUCCUUUUGUUGGUCUGAAUUCGCAUUGUUUUGUUGGGAAUGGGUUUAAGUCUGAUUCAAAACCCUUGCUACUUGUCUC